AUGGACGCGUCGGAGUACAUCAAGGAGCUGAAGCAGAAGGUCGUCACGCUCAAGCAGGAGAUGGCCUGUGAAGAAGAAGAAGAAGAAGCAGGCGCUCUGCUCAAGCACAGCUCCUCCCCGUCCCCGACGGUCACUGUGGAAACCCUAGCAGGGGCAGCAGGGCACGGGUUCGUCAUCAACGUGUUGUCUGACAAGAGCUGCCCCGGGCUGCUUGUUUCUAUCCUGGAGGCGUUUGAUGAGCUGGGCCUCAGCCUACACCAAGCCACGGCGUCUUGUGCGGAUACAUUCCGCCUCGAGGCUAUUGGGGGAGAGAUGCAGAACCAGGUGGAUAAUGUGGAUGAGCAUGUCGUGAAGCAAGCCGUGCUCCAGGCCAUCAGGACCUGCUCAUCACAAGGCUGUCGCCAACAACAAGAGUAG